AUGAAUCUAUUGUAUCAGAAUCUGGAUGCCCUGCAUGACCAUUUGGGUACAUUAUAUCCGGGUAUGAGAGCUCCUUCCUUUCGUUGCACAGAAAAAGAUGGUCAAUUAUUGCUGCAUUAUUAUUCAGAGCGACCGGGUUUAGAACACAUUGUCAUUGGCAUUGUUAAGGCUGUGGCCUCAAAGCUACAUGGCGUUGAUGUGGAAAUCGACAUUGUAAAACGAAAAGGUGAUCCAGUGGAAGAAGAUGACAAGGAUGAUGUUUUUUCACAGCAAUUACAACAGCAGCAGCAACAACAACACCAACAAUCAAAUGCUUCCGUUUCAUCCUUCACAAAUGAGGAAAAUAAUAAUCGCAACAACAACAAUCUGAAUAACAACAACGAUGGAUCAACAGAUAAUUUUAUAAAUAACAGAAGGCCAGGCGAACAACAAUGUCCCUUUACAAGAAACAAAUCGAAUUCGGCCUCAUCAAUGGCAGGCACAAAUGCCGAUAGCUUCGACAGCGAUGACAAAGAACAGAAAUGUCUGCGACUGCUGAAGAAUAAAAGUGAUGACAUUGAACGUUAUGACCAUGUCCAAUUUCUAAUACGUGAAACAUCGGCCAAUAAUAAAUCGGAUAAUGAGGCAUCCAGUUCAAAGGAUGAGGCCGGCAAAGAGCCACCAGAUGACACAGAUUUCUUGUGUGAUGCUCCUCUUAUAUCGCCCGCAACAUUUUGCAAAGUCUUUCCAUUUCAUCUGAUAUUCGAUCGACAAAUGAAAAUUGUCCAGGCUGGUAAAUCCGUGUCAAGAGUCAUACCAAGAGUGGCCGAAGAAAACUGUUUAAUAUUGGAAGUACUUGAAGCUAUACGUCCACAUUUACAGCUGACAUUUGAAAAUGUAUUGGCCCACAUUAAUACCAUCUAUGUCCUGCAGACACGUCAAGGUGCAAUGGGUAAACAUGAACGUUAUCUACGACUGAAGGGUCAAAUGAUGUACAUACCGGAAUCAGAUCGCAUUUUAUUUCAAUGCUAUCCAAGUGUAAUGAAUUUAGAUGAUUUGACAAAAAAAGGCCUCCACAUCUCCGAUGUACCAUUGCACGAUGCCACCAGAGAUUUGGUUUUGCUGUCUGAAAAAUUCGAAGCCGAAUAUAAAUUAACCAAAAACUUGGAAAUGCUCACAGAUAAAUUGCAGCAAACCUUUAGGGAUUUGGAAAGUGAAAAGCAAAAAACCGAUAGACUUCUGUACUCGGUGCUACCGAAAUCUGUGGCUAAUGAACUGAGACAUCAAAGACCAGUGGCACCCAAACGUUAUGAUUCGGUUACGUUAAUGUUUUCGGGCAUUGUGGGCUUUGGCCAAUACUGUGCUGAAAACACCGAUCCAGAGGGAGCCAUGAAAAUUGUGAAAAUGCUAAACGAAUUGUAUACCGUCUUUGAUGCUCUGACUGAUUCAAAACGCAAUCCAAAUAUUUACAAGGUCGAAACAGUCGGUGAUAAAUAUAUGGCCGUAUCAGGAUUACCCGAUCAUUGUGAGAAUCAUGCAAAAUGUAUUGCCCGAUUGGCCUUGGAUAUGAUGGAUAUGGCUAAAAAUGUUAAAAUGGGUCCAAAUCCAAUGCAAAUCACAAUUGGCAUUCAUUCGGGCGAGGUGGUGACCGGAGUCAUUGGCAAUCGUGUACCGCGUUAUUGCUUAUUCGGCAACACCGUUAAUCUUACCAGUCGCACAGAAACCACAGGAGUACCGGGUCGCAUUAAUGUUAGUGAAGAAACCUACAGAAAUGUCGUUAAACAAGAAAAAGUCGAACUUCGUGGUUUUUUGGCAAACGAAGAAUGA